AUGUCUCCAUCGCUCCCUCACUCCGACGCGCGCUUCCUCCUCUUCUCCGAUUUUGACGGCACGAUCACGCUGCGGGACAGCAAUGACUGCGCGACUGACGAGCUCGGCUUCGGUGUCGAGCGCCGGCGUGAACUGAAUGUUGAGAUCCUGAACGGGCAGAAGACGUUCCGCGAUGCGUUUGCCGAGAUGCUCGAGAGUGUCUGGAAGAACGGCCAUCAGUUCGAGGACGUCAAGCAGUACCUCGUCAAGCACAUCUCACUCGACCCGGGCUUCAAGUCAUGCUUCCAGUGGUGCGAGGGACACGACGUCCCCGUCAUCAUCGUCUCGUCCGGCAUGAAGCCCAUCAUCGAGGCGGUCCUGACCAACCUCGUCGGCGAGAAGGACGCUGCCAACAUCGACAUCAUCUCGAACGAUGUCGAGGUCGCUGCUGAUGGCGCAUGGAAGAUCAAGUACCGCCACCCCGAAUCCGGUUUCGGUCACGACAAGUCCAAGGCGACUGCGCCCUACCGGGAUCUCCCUCACCGCCCAACCAUCCUCUUCUGCGGUGACGGCGUCUCGGACCUGUCAGCCGCCAAAGCUGCCGACCUCCUCUUCGUCAAGGUCGUCCCGGGCCACACGAACGACCUCGCCGUCCACUGCGACCGCGAGAAGAUCCCCUACGUCGCCAUUGAACACUUUGAGCAGGUCAAGGAGGUUGUUGCGCGGCUGGUCGAGGGAAAGUCGACGAUCCAGGAGGAGCUUGCGAGGGAGUAG